GUCGGGCGUCGGGAGCAACAUUUUACCUCAGAUAUUGAUGCCCUGUGUAGCUUGGGCACAGUCAUGAGCCCUCUUCGGUCCUCAGACCUCACUUUUUUUUUUUUUUUACUUUUUGAUAAAUUUCAUUAUUGCAGAUUUUAAAUUUCUUCCGUGGCUUCAAAAUGUUUGCCUAAAAAGUGAAAGAUGCCUGGGAACGUUUGCUCACGGCCGCAUUGUUUUUCUUUUGAGUCUCUUGGCUCUUCCCAGUUUUUCAGAUAGGGCUUUUUAUUUUAAAACCUCGAAGGCAAUUGUUUUGUGCGGGUCGGAGGGGCAUCUUCUUGAUCCUCUUUACCUCCAGUGACUCCUCAGGAACUGGAAACAAAUUUUUUGUUUGAAUUGACAGACAGGCUUUGAGUUUGAUGCCCAGCGUUGUCUGUCAGCUAGCUGUGUGGCCUUAGGCGAAAUCGCUAAAUCUCUCCAAACCUCUUGGUUUCCUCCUUUGUACAAGGGAAUCACUUUCACUGAUAGGAUUGGGAAAAAAUAGCUCCUGCAUCAUCAUCAUCAUUCUGAUUUUGAAGACAGGAUCUUAUAACCAAGGCUGCCCUCCACCUUCUUAUGUAGACCAGGCUGGGCUUGAAUUGCUCAUCCUCAUCUUCCUGCCUCCAUCCACCUCCCAAGUGCUGGGAUAGCAUAUUCAGCCAGGCUUCCUGUACUGUUAUUGACUGGUCCAGCAGAUAGUUGAAUUCCUACUUUGUGUUACAUGUCUUAGUAGGGGAAUGGGCUGUAAUGGAACCAUUACUCCUUGGCCUGCAUGAGUAUUGGUUCAUAAAGAAGUACUUGGUUUGUUUUGACCUCCUCCCCUCCCCCUUUCUGGUCUCACUGUGUAGCUUUGGUUGUCCUGAAACUCUGUUAUCAGGCUGGCCUCAAACUCACACAGCUCUGCCUGCCUCUGCCCUCUGAGUGCUGGGAUUAAACUCUUGCUUAGCCAUGCCGUUGGGCCCAUUUGUGUUUUGUUUUGUUUUUUAAUUAAAUAGAUUUUAUUUGUUUAUUUUAUGAGUCAGGGUUUCUCUGUGUAGCCCUGACUCUCCUGGUACUUGCUUUGUAGACCAGGCUGGCUUCUAGCUGAACUCAGAGAUCUCUCUGCCUCUGCCUCCGCCUCCGGGAGUGCUGGGAUUCAUUAAAGUGUUGCAGUUCCUUAUUUAUUUGUGUGUGGAGGUCAGAGAACAACUUUCAGGGGUCAGUUCUCCCCUCUAUCAUGUGGGUUCCUGGGAUUGAACUCAGGUGGUCAGUUUUCUGUGGGGUACUUUACCUGUUGAUUCGUUUCUCCUGCCUAAGCUCUAAGUGUGUUGAAUUUUUGUGGUGCUGAUCAAAGUUGAUCCUGUACAUGCUAGGGAAAUGUUCUACCACAAGCCAGUACCCAAGCAUGGUUUUGAUCUUUUUAUUUUUAUGAAUGUGGGAUAUUUUUGUUGUUGUUUGUUCAUUUUGGGUGUUGUUGGGCCUGGAAUCCAUGGCCUUCUGCAUGUUAGACAUGAUAUAUUCUCCCCAAUCAUUUAGCCUCACAACCUAUCAUGUGACAGGACAGAGUGGUUGCCUGAGGGAGCAGUGGUGGGCAUAAGUCUAGAAGCUGCAUGGAGGAGGACCCUUCAUUUACAAUUAGGGAAGAUGUGUCUCCCCACCCCACACGCUGAGAAUGGAAUGGUGCCUGCAGAACUGUUGCUCUGUCUGUCUGGUCUGCAACAGUGCAGUUGGAGCAGGCAGUAGUGAGACAGGACAGGAGGGUCCUGGGGAGGAUGAACUUGGGCGAUUGGUACAAGAUCCAAAGCAAUAAAUAUUUGUUGCUGCUGUUUGGCCUUGAACUUUCCAGGCCAUUGCUCUUCUAGCCCCAGAUGUCACUGCUUUGAAAGUGAUGAAGUCACUGGUGAAGUCUGGGGUCCUGGUUUGGUGGUUUGUUUGUGGCUGGAUGUGAAAGGUGGUUUUUUUUUUUUUUUUUUUUUUUUGAACUUAAAAAUUUUUGUUUAAUUUUGUGUGAUAUAUGGAGGUCAGAGGACAACUUUCAGGAGUGGAUUUUCUCCUACCACGUGUGUCCUGGAGAUUGAAUUGCAGGUCAUCAUAUUGGUAGCAGAUGCUUUUCUCUGCUGAUCCUUCUUGCUGUCAAGCGUGCUAGCUCUUCAGUGUUCUCUGAUUCCUAUGCAGCCCCCUGAGUCCUGGCACUCACCUGUAAAACAAGUACACUGGGAUGUCACUGUACCUGGUGAUAGGCUUGAAUAAAGUGACGAGCGAAUCUGCUAACUAUAGUGAACACCAUUUGUUUUUUGUUUGUUUGUUUGUUUGUUUUUCGAGAUAGGGUUUCUCUGCGCGUAGCCCAGGCUGGUCUCCCAUCUGCCUGCCUCUGCCUCCAGAGUUCUGGGAUUAAAGGUGUGAGCCACUACUGCCUGGCAUGGGCACUCUUUGUUACAGUUAAUAUUCUGGGUUCAUUUCUAGUAGUUCUUUUUUGUGGUGCUGGGGACCACCCAGAGUUUCCAUAGUAUAGCUGUGGUGGUUUGAAUGAGAAUAGCCCUCAUAGGCUCAUAUAUUUGAAAGCCUGGCAGAACUGGUUUUAGGAAGGAUUAAAAUAUGUGUCUUUCUUAGAGGAGGUGUUUCAGUGGGGGUGAGCUUGAGAGCCAAAAGCCUAUGUCAGGCCCAGUCUCUCUGUGCUGCCCCCUUGUAUAUCAGAUGUGAGCUAUCAUCUAUUGCUACGGGAGCCAGCCUGCCUGCCUGCCUGCCUGCCUGCCUGCCUGCCUGCUUGCUGCUGUGAAGCUCACAGACUCAGCUUCAGGAACUGUGAGCAGGAGCCUGGAUAUAACACCUUGGCUCUGGUGUCUUCACAGCAGUGGGGAGUGCUUUACCAUUAGGUUAGUCUUUCAUUGUUUGUUACGUUCGUGGUAGAUUGGGGGCCAGGAACUGAACUUGGGUCCUUUGCGACAGCAGCAAGGGCUCUUAACCUCUGAACCUUCCUCCCGGAUCUCAUGUUGAACACUUUUAAAAUAUUUACUGUCCAUUUGUAGUUCAAGAAAGAAUUUUGUUUUUAUUUUAUUAGCUCGUUUAUUGAUUGUCAGUCUUUUCUAGGGCGUAUUUAAUUUUAGCAAGUUUAUUUUGUAUGUGCGCAUGUAAAAGGGAGAGGAGGACAUCACUCUGUCUUUCCACUGUGGGAAACAAGAUCCUAGUAAAGCAAGAAAUUACUGGAAGUGAGAUGUUUUGUAAUACACUGCUUUUGCAGAAAGGGAUGCCAGCAUAGAGAAUAGGCAAAAAUGGCUGGCAUGUUUUUGUUUUUGCUUUAAAAAAAAAAAAAAAAACCAAAAAGACAAAAAAACAUGGGUCUCAUUGUGUAGCAGGGCUGACUUGGAACUCAUUCUUAGACCAGGCUGGCCUAAAACUCACAGAGUUCCACCUGCCUCUGCCUCCUGAGUGCUCCACCACAGCCAGUGCUCAAGACUGCCUUGUUUUACAUUGUGUGUGUGUGUGUGUGUGUGUGUGUGUGUGUGUGUGUGUGUGUGUGUAAAAUGGUCGGAGGUCAGAGGUCAACUUUCAGGAACUGGUUCUUCAAUCAAGUGAGUUAUAAGGUUCAAACUCAGAUCAUUGGGUGAAGUUGCAAGUGUCCUGACUAAAUUAGGGUUUUUAUUGCUGCAUUGAAACAAAAAGCAAGUUGGGGGAAAAUGGGUUUCUUUGGCUUACACUUCCACGUUUCUGUUCAUCAGAAGUCAGUAUUGGAACUCAAACAGGGCAGGAAUAUGGCUGGAUGCAGGAGCUGACGCAGAAGUCAUGGAGGGGUGCUGCUUACUGGGGUGCUCUCCAUGUCUUGCUCAGUUGGCUUUCUUAAAAGACCCAGGACUACCAGCCCAGGGAUGGCCCCGCCCUGGGUGGGUUGGAUCCUCCCCACAAUCUUUAUUAAGAAAAUGCCUUAGGGCCAGAUCAUAUGGAAUCAUUUUCUCAAUUAAGGUUCCCUCCUUUCAGAUAACUCUAGUUAUGUGUUGUUGGCAUAAGACCAGCCAGCACAUGCUUUUAACCUUGAGCCAUCUUGAUUGCUCCUAACUUUUUGUUUGUUUUAAGACAGUGUUUCUUUGUGUAGCCCUGUCUAUCCUAGAACUUGAUCUGUAGACCAGGCUGGCCUUGAACUCCUUGAGAACCUUCUGCCUCUGCCUCCCAAGUGCUGGAAUGAGAGGUGUGUAUUGCCAUCACCUUACCCUAAUUAUUGUUUUGAGACAGGCUCUUGCAUAGCCUAGGUUGGCCUGGAAUUUGCUAUAUAGUUGAAGGUGACCUAUUACUGUUUUUUUCCUUUUUGAUAGGGUCUUACCACAUAUUCCAGGCUGGCCUCAAACUCAUGACAAUCCUCUUGUCUCAGCCUCUCAGGACUGGGUUUACAGGCUUGGAUACCACACUUGGCUCACACUUGCUGUUUCAUUUUCGACUUCAUCACAAGGUGAACAUAGCAUCUCACUGAGUGGCUAGCAAGGGUUCUGUGCUUUCAUAAGCUGUAGUAGCAUUGAAAAAUACUUGAGAGUUCAAUGAUUUUUGAUUUAUUUUGUUUUUAACCAAGAAUUUGGGGCCGGGAUCUAGCUUAGUGGUAGCUUAGUAUGCACUAGGCCCUAAAGUCUAUCUCCAGUCAACACAAGCACAGACACAGUCCAUAGAAAACAUGGGUCUGGAGGGAUGAAGAAAUGGCUUAGUGGUCAAGAGUACUGGCAGCUCAGCUGGGUGGUGGUGCCUUUGAUCACAGCACUCAGGAGGCAGAGACAGAUGGCUCUCUUAUGAGUUUGAGGACAGCCUGGUCUACAGAUGGAGUUCUAGGACAGUACUGUCAGCUCUUUGAGAGGACCCAGGUUCCAUUCCUAGCAGACACAUGGUGGUUCAUAGCAGUCUGUCACUCCAUUCCUGCAGAGAUCCAGUGCCACCUUCUAGCCUCUAUGGGCACUGCACAUAGGAACUACACAGAUACCCAUGCAAGCAAAACACCCACAGAUGUGAAACAAUAAUUACAACAAUGGAAACAUGUGUGAAACUGUUUUUGUUUGUUCCUGUUUGAUUUUUUUUUUUUUUGAGACAAGGUUUCUCUGUGUAGCCCUGGCUGUCCUGAAACUUACUCUGUAGAUCAGGUUGGCCUCAGAUGCACAGCGAUCCAUCUGCCUCUUCCUCCCCUGUGCACCACCCCUGCCUGGUAUGAAGCUGUUCUUUGAUAUUUACUGUUACUUAACAAAAUGUCUCAGUUUAGUCGUUUUCAUAAACAUAAAUAAAUAAAUGAUUUUUUUUAAAGUGGGCUGGAGAGAUGGCUCUGCUGGAAAGAUUGCAUACUUUUCUUUCAGAAGAUCAAACUUGGUUUCCAGCAUUCAUGUUGGGUGUCCCAUAACUACCUAAUUUCUACAACUCCAGCUCCAGGAGGAUCUGAUAUCUUUGAUUUUCUUGGACACUUGUGCUUAUGUGUGUAUACCCACUACACAGACACACAGAUACACAUAAUUAAAAAUAAUAGCAUCUAAAAAUGAUGUGUACCUGUGUAGAUAUAUGCAUGUAGGUACCUGUGGAAGCCAGAGAAGUCAGGAGUUGAGUCCUCUGGCUGGAUUUGAAGUUACAGGUAGUGUGAGCUGUGCUGCAUGUGUGCUGGGGUUACAUACAGGUGUUGUGAGCUGUGCUGCAUGUGUGCUGGGGUUACAGGUGUUGGUCCUGCAUGUGUGCUGGGGUUACAGGUGUUGUGAGCUGUCCUGCAUGUGUGCUGGGGUUACAGGUGUUGUGAGCUGUCCUGCAAGUGUGCUGGGGUUACAGGUGUUGUGAGCUGUCCUGCAUGUGUGCUGGGGUUACAGGUGUUGUGAGCUGUCCUGCAUGUGUGCUGGGGUUACAGGUGUUGUGAGCUGUCCUGCAUGUGUGCUGGGGUUACAGGUGGUGUGAGCUAUCCUGCAUGUGUGCUGGGGUUACAGGUGUUGUGAGCUGUCCUGCAUGUGUGCUGGGGUUACAGGUGUUGUGAGCUGUCCUGCAUGUGUGCUGGGGUUACAGGUGUUGUGAGCUGUCCUGCAUGUGUGCUGGGGUUACAGGUGGUGUGAGCUAUCCUGCAUGUGUGCUGGGGUGAGCUCUAUUCUUUAUAAAAACAAUAAAUGCUGAACCAUCUCUUCAGACCCUAAAAUACAGAAAAUGGAAUGGCAGUGUGGCUCAGUGGUGGAGCAUUUGCUUAGCAUUUUUACUCCUGGGUUCAGUCAGUCACACUACACACUGAAUGUUUAAAAGCUCUGAAUAAAAGUGGCAGUAUUGUCUGGGAUAUGUCAAGGAUCUGUCAGUCAAGGCCACGAGAUCUUACUGAUGUCAUAUCUUAGCAGAAGUGUUAAGCUCAUUAAGGUAACUAGUGAGUUUGCUGUUUGCUGUGUACCUGCAGCUGCUGCUAUGAAGUUUUCUGUAUGUGGAGUUGGGAGACUUUGUCUAGGGGUUGACAUUUCCAUAGCUGCAUGAAAGAAGGGGCUGUUGUUGGCUUCCCUUUGUUUUCCUCCCGGAAGGCGAUAUAUACAGAAAUAAGCAAGUGGAUGUUAGCAAACAGACCAGCCCUGAUCCCUUCCUGCCAUUUGUACCCCAAGCUGGUUUCUAGAGCUUAUGAGAUGAAUUCAGGCAGCCCAAGCUGGCUUCAAACUCAUUUUGUGCCCGAGAAUGAUUCUGAACACCACCCUUUACUUCCCAAGUGCUAGGAUGACGGGUGUGGGAUAUACUUACUGUUUGACUUUUUUUUGAGGGGUAGGAUAGGAACUGUUUAGAUCUUCUUAUCUAUCUCGCUGGCCUGGAACUCAAAUGAAGCUCCUGUUAGCCUUGGCGUUUGGAUGCUUCUGGCUCACCCUCCUAUGUGCUAAGGAGACCACUGCCUGUAGCUUCUGAAAAGAUGUCUACUCCAGACCCACCCCUGGGUGGAACCCCUCGGCCUGGUCCUUCCCCAGGCCCUGGUCCUUCACCUGGUGCAAUGCUGGGUCCUAGCCCUGGCCCCUCACCAGGUUCUGCCCACAGCAUGAUGGGGCCAAGCCCAGGACCUCCUUCAGCAGGACAUCCCAUGCCCACCCAGGGGCCUGGAGGGUACCCCCAGGACAACAUGCAUCAAAUGCACAAGCCUAUGGAGUCCAUGCACGAGAAGGGCAUGCCUGAUGACCCACGAUACAACCAAAUGAAAGGGAUGGGCAUGCGAUCAGGGGCCCACACAGGUAUGGGACCUCCGCCUAGUCCCAUGGACCAGCAUUCUCAAGGUUACCCCUCACCCUUAGGUGGCUCUGAACAUGCCUCCAGUCCUGUCCCGGCCAGCGGCCCAUCUUCAGGCCCUCAGAUGUCCUCUGGGCCAGGAGGGGCCCCACUAGAUGGUUCUGACCCCCAGGCCUUGGGGCAGCAAAACAGAGGCCCAACCCCAUUUAACCAGAACCAGCUGCAUCAACUCAGAGCUCAGAUAAUGGCCUAUAAGAUGUUGGCCAGGGGCCAGCCAUUGCCCGACCACCUGCAGAUGGCCGUUCAAGGCAAGCGGCCGAUGCCUGGAAUGCAGCAGCAGAUGCCAACACUACCUCCACCUUCAGUGUCUGCCACAGGACCUGGACCCGGCCCUGGCCCUGGCCCUGGCCCAGGUCCAGGACCAGCCCCUCCGAAUUACAGUAGACCCCAUGGUAUGGGAGGGCCCAACAUGCCUCCUCCAGGACCCUCAGGUGUGCCCCCCGGGAUGCCUGGUCAGCCUCCUGGAGGGCCUCCCAAGCCAUGGCCUGAAGGACCCAUGGCCAAUGCUGCUGCCCCCACAAGCACCCCACAGAAGCUGAUUCCCCCGCAACCAACAGGCCGCCCUUCACCUGCACCUCCUGCUGUCCCGCCUGCUGCCUCACCUGUAAUGCCACCACAAACACAGUCCCCAGGGCAGCCAGCCCAGCCUGCUCCAUUGGUGCCAUUGCACCAGAAGCAGAGCCGCAUCACCCCCAUCCAGAAGCCCCGGGGCCUGGACCCUGUGGAGAUCCUACAGGAGCGGGAGUACAGGCUGCAGGCUCGAAUCGCACACAGAAUUCAGGAACUUGAAAACCUCCCUGGGUCCCUGGCUGGGGACCUUCGAACCAAAGCAACCAUCGAACUCAAGGCCCUUAGGUUGCUGAACUUCCAGAGGCAGCUGCGCCAGGAGGUGGUGGUGUGCAUGCGAAGAGACACAGCCCUAGAGACAGCCCUCAAUGCCAAGGCUUAUAAGCGCAGCAAACGGCAGUCACUGCGGGAGGCCCGCAUCACUGAGAAGCUGGAGAAGCAGCAGAAGAUUGAACAGGAACGCAAGCGUCGUCAGAAGCACCAGGAGUACCUCAACAGCAUUCUGCAGCAUGCCAAGGACUUCAGGGAGUAUCACAGAUCAGUCACAGGCAAACUCCAGAAACUCACCAAGGCUGUGGCCACCUACCAUGCCAACACUGAGCGGGAGCAAAAGAAAGAAAAUGAGCGCAUCGAGAAGGAACGGAUGCGAAGGCUUAUGGCUGAAGACGAGGAGGGCUACCGCAAGCUCAUUGACCAGAAGAAGGACAAGCGCCUGGCCUACCUCCUGCAGCAGACAGAUGAGUAUGUGGCCAACCUCACAGAGCUGGUGCGGCAGCACAAAGCUGCCCAGGUAGCCAAGGAGAAGAAGAAGAAAAAGAAAAAGAAGAAGGCAGAAAAUGCUGAAGGGCAGACACCUGCCAUUGGACCCGACGGUGAGCCUCUGGAUGAGACCAGCCAGAUGAGUGACCUCCCUGUGAAGGUGAUCCAUGUGGAGAGUGGCAAGAUCCUCACUGGCACAGAUGCCCCAAAAGCCGGGCAGCUGGAAGCCUGGCUUGAGAUGAACCCAGGGUAUGAAGUAGCUCCCAGAUCAGAUAGUGAAGAAAGUGGCUCUGAAGAGGAGGAGGAGGAGGAGGAAGAGGAGCAGCCUCAGCCCGCACAGCCCCCUACACUGCCUGUGGAAGAAAAGAAGAAGAUUCCAGACCCAGACAGCGAUGAUGUCUCUGAGGUGGACGCUCGACACAUUAUUGAGAACGCCAAGCAGGAUGUGGACGAUGAGUACGGCGUGUCCCAGGCCCUUGCUCGUGGUCUGCAGUCCUACUAUGCUGUGGCCCAUGCAGUGACAGAGAGAGUAGAUAAGCAGUCAGCCCUCAUGGUCAACGGUGUCCUCAAACAGUACCAGAUCAAGGGUCUGGAGUGGCUGGUGUCCCUGUACAACAACAACCUGAACGGCAUCCUGGCUGAUGAGAUGGGGCUGGGGAAGACCAUCCAAACCAUUGCACUCAUCACGUACCUCAUGGAGCACAAGCGCAUCAAUGGGCCCUUCCUCAUCAUCGUUCCUCUCUCGACGCUGUCAAACUGGGCAUAUGAAUUUGACAAGUGGGCCCCCUCUGUGGUGAAGGUUUCCUACAAGGGCUCUCCAGCUGCCAGACGAGCUUUUGUCCCCCAGCUUCGCAGCGGCAAGUUCAAUGUCUUAUUGACCACCUACGAGUAUAUCAUCAAAGACAAACAUAUCCUGGCCAAGAUCCGCUGGAAGUACAUGAUUGUGGAUGAAGGCCACCGCAUGAAGAACCACCACUGCAAAUUGACACAGGUCCUUAAUACACACUACGUGGCCCCUCGGCGCCUGCUUCUCACAGGCACGCCACUGCAGAACAAGCUACCUGAGCUCUGGGCACUGCUGAACUUCCUGCUCCCCACUAUCUUCAAGAGCUGCAGCACCUUCGAACAGUGGUUCAAUGCACCCUUUGCCAUGACUGGAGAGAAGGUGGACCUGAAUGAGGAGGAGACCAUCCUCAUUAUUCGUCGUCUACACAAGGUGCUACGGCCCUUCCUGCUGCGGCGUCUCAAGAAGGAAGUUGAAGCCCAGCUCCCUGAGAAGGUAGAAUAUGUCAUCAAAUGUGACAUGUCAGCCCUGCAGCGUGUGCUCUACCGUCACAUGCAGGCCAAAGGUGUGCUGUUGACUGACGGCUCUGAGAAGGACAAGAAGGGCAAAGGUGGCACCAAGACGCUGAUGAACACUAUCAUGCAGCUGCGCAAGAUCUGCAACCACCCCUACAUGUUCCAGCACAUUGAGGAGUCCUUCUCUGAGCACCUGGGGUUCACCGGUGGCAUCGUGCAAGGAUUGGACCUAUAUCGUGCCUCAGGGAAAUUUGAACUUCUUGAUAGAAUUCUACCCAAACUCCGUGCAACAAACCAUAAAGUGCUACUCUUCUGCCAAAUGACCUCCCUCAUGACCAUCAUGGAAGACUACUUUGCAUACCGUGGCUUCAAAUACCUCAGGCUUGACGGAACCACAAAAGCAGAAGACCGGGGCAUGCUGUUGAAAACCUUUAAUGAGCCUGGCUCUGAGUAUUUCAUUUUCCUACUCAGUACCCGUGCUGGGGGGCUGGGCCUGAAUCUGCAGUCAGCUGACACUGUGAUCAUCUUUGACAGUGACUGGAAUCCUCACCAGGACCUGCAAGCACAGGAUCGUGCCCAUCGGAUUGGGCAGCAGAAUGAGGUGCGUGUGCUUCGCCUGUGCACCGUCAACAGUGUGGAAGAGAAGAUACUGGCUGCUGCUAAAUACAAACUCAAUGUGGAUCAGAAGGUCAUCCAGGCAGGCAUGUUUGACCAGAAGUCUUCCAGCCAUGAGAGGCGUGCCUUCCUGCAGGCCAUCCUGGAGCACGAGGAGCAGGACGAGAGCAGACACUGCAGCACGGGCAGCGGCAGUGCCAGCUUCGCCCACACUGCCCCUCCGCCAGCGGGCGUCAACCCCGACUUGGAGGAGCCACCUCUAAAGGAGGAAGAUGAGGUGCCUGAUGAUGAGACCGUCAACCAGAUGAUUGCCCGGCACGAAGAAGAAUUUGACCUCUUCAUGCGCAUGGACUUGGACCGCCGGCGUGAAGAAGCCCGCAACCCCAAGCGGAAGCCACGCCUGAUGGAAGAGGAUGAGCUUCCAUCCUGGAUCAUCAAGGAUGAUGCAGAGGUAGAGCGGCUGACAUGUGAAGAGGAAGAGGAAAAGAUGUUCGGCCGUGGUUCUCGCCACCGCAAGGAGGUAGACUACAGCGACUCACUGACAGAGAAGCAGUGGCUCAAGACCCUGAAGGCUAUCGAGGAGGGCACGCUGGAGGAGAUCGAAGAGGAGGUCCGGCAGAAGAAAUCUUCACGUAAGCGUAAGCGAGACAGCGAGGCCGGCUCCUCCACCCCGACCACCAGCACCCGCAGCCGUGACAAGGACGAGGAGAGCAAAAAGCAGAAGAAACGUGGGCGGCCACCUGCCGAGAAGCUGUCCCCAAACCCACCUAACCUCACCAAGAAGAUGAAGAAGAUCGUGGACGCUGUGAUCAAGUACAAAGACAGCAGUAGUGGACGUCAGCUCAGUGAGGUGUUCAUUCAGCUCCCCUCUCGCAAGGAACUUCCUGAGUACUAUGAGCUCAUCCGGAAACCUGUGGACUUCAAGAAGAUCAAGGAACGCAUCCGAAACCACAAGUACCGCAGCCUCAAUGACCUGGAGAAGGACGUGAUGUUGCUGUGCCAGAAUGCUCAGACCUUCAACCUCGAGGGCUCCCUGAUCUACGAGGACUCCAUCGUCCUGCAGUCUGUCUUCACCAGCGUGCGGCAGAAAAUCGAGAAGGAGGAUGACAGUGAAGGCGAGGAAAGCGAGGAGGAAGAAGAGGGCGAGGAGGAAGGCUCUGAGUCUGAGUCCCGCUCUGUCAAGGUAAAGAUCAAGCUGGGUCGAAAGGAGAAGGCCCAGGACCGACUCAAGGGGGGCAGGCGGCGGCCAAGCCGGGGGUCCCGGGCCAAGCCUGUCGUGAGUGACGAUGACAGUGAUGAGGAGCAGGAGGAGGACCGCUCAGGAAGUGGCAGCGAGGAAGACUGAACCAGACAUUCCUGAGUUCUGACCCCGAGGCGCUCGUCCCGGCCAAGAUGGAGUAACCCUUAGCAGUGAUGGGUAGCACCAGAUGUAGUUUCGAACUUGGAGAACUGUACACAUGCAACCUUCCACAUUUUUAGGCAGAGAAGUAUAGGCCUGUCUGUUGGCCCUGGUCUGGCCUCGAGUCUCUACCAGCAUUAACUGUCUAGAGAGGGGACCUCCUGGGAGCACCAUCCACCUCCCCAGGCCCCAGUCACUGUAGCUCAGUGUGGAUGCAUGCGCGUGCCGUCCACUCCUUGUACUGUAUCUUACUGGACAGGGCCGACUCUCCGGGAGGCUCACAGGCCCCGCGGGUAUGUCAGUGUCACUGGAGUCAGACAGUAAUAAAUUAAACCAAUGACAAACCA